AGGCGCCGACAAGCAGCAACGUGAACGUCGGGUGGUGGAGCCUGAUUGAAGCUGCUUACAGAAGAAACUACAGCAGAGGGGAAGCACGGUCUGUCGCGUUUACUUGCUCAAUUUUUGUCCGAGCAUUCCCUUUAAAAUGGCGUAUCAUAACAGUCCGUACAGAGCUCCCCCGCACAUCAACGCGCCUCCGGACCAGGGUUUCCUGUGGAAUAUCUUCCAGAGGGUUGACAAGGACCGGAGUGGAGUGAUAUCAGACUCAGAGCUUCAGCAGGCCUUAUCGAAUGGCACAUGGACUCCUUUCAACCCAGUGACGGUGCGCUCAAUCAUAUCCAUGUUUGACAGGGAAAAUAAAGGCGGGGUGAACUUCAACGAGUUUGCCGGCGUGUGGAAGUACAUCACAGACUGGCAGAACAUCUUCCGGACCUACGACAGGGACAACUCUGGCUUCAUCGAUAAGAACGAGCUCAAACAGGCGCUAACUGGAUUCGGUGAGCAGCAAAGGUAUCGUCUAUCAGAUCAGUUCUACUGCACGCUGAUAGAGAAGUUCGACCGUCAGAGGAAGGGACAGGUUGCCUUUGAUGACUUCAUCCAGUGCUGUAUUGUACUACAGAGGUUGACUGACGUGUUCAGGCGGUACGAUACAGACCAGGAUGGCUGGAUCCAGGUUUCAUAUGAACAGUAUCUAUCCAUGGUCUUCAAUAUAGUAUAACGCACACGGAUCACCACAAAAGAGCACAACUGGACACAACUGUGCCAAAGUUACCAGCUCCUCCCGGAUGUCUGCCAUGGUGGACACUACAAGAUUUUUUUAAAGCUAAUUUUUAGCCCCAGUUGGGCUGUUUCACACAAAUUUCUUAAAUGAAUACAAAGAAAAACAUUUUGAGGUUGCAAUACCCCUCAGAUGACAGUGUUUUCUGGAGGUGCAACUACAAUGCUU